UCUCACUCUCACUGUGUCUCUCUGCUUCUUAUCUAAAUUUCACAGCCAUGGCAGUGAGUAACAGCAUCACAGCCAUAGUGAACUUCGUAGCCCUCCUCUGCUCAAUCCCCAUAAUCGGGGCCGGAAUCUGGCUGGCAUCGAAGCCAGACAACGAGUGUGUCCACUUAUUCCGGUGGCCGGUGGUUUUGCUCGGCAUCCUGAUGUUGAUGGUAUCACUGGCAGGCUUCGUCGGGGCUUACUGGAACAGGCAAGGACUGCUGGCUUUCUACCUAUUCUGUAUGGCUAUCCUCAUCGCACUCCUCCUCAUCCUCCUCGUCUUCGCCUUCGUCGUCACCAGACCCGACGGCUCCUACUCUGUCCCAGGCCGUGGAUACAAGGAGUAUCGACUCUAUGGCUUCUCUUCCUGGCUCCAAGAACACGUCACCAACUCUGGUAAUUGGCCCAAGAUCAGAACUUGCCUCUCCCAAUCCGACGUCUGCUCCAAGCUCUCCCAGGACUACAUCACCGCAGAUCAAUUCUUCAUGGCUCACAUCUCUCCUCUCCAGUCAGGAUGUUGCAAGCCUCCUACGGUGUGCGGCUAUGGUUACGUGAACCCAACGGUGUGGACAAACCCAACGAACCCAACUGCGGAUUCUGACUGCUACUUGUGGAACAACGAUCAGUCGCAGUUGUGCUACAGUUGCAACGCCUGCAAGGGAGGGCUUUUGGGGAACUUGAGGCAGGAAUGGAGGAGAGCUAACAUCAUCUUCAUCAUCACCACCGUCGCUUUGAUUUGGGUGUACCUCAUCGGUUGCAGUGCCUUCAAGAACGCCCAGACUGAAGACCUCUUCAACCGUUACAAACAGGGUUGGGCUUAGGGUUUUCCUCUCUACCUACUUUAGGAUUUUCUUUGUAUGUUACCUUU